GUCACGUAAACACCCACAUACCCACAUCCACACCCACCCGCUCGUCCGCCGCCCCUAGACACACACGCCCAGACCAUGAAGGCUCCGAUUUCACGUCUGCUGCCCCAGGGAAAAGUCUUCCUCUUCCUGCUGUUGCUGUUCGUGGCGCUGAGCCAAGGAACCCAGCGCUGCACCAAGGCUACCGCGGCGCUCGGAGAAGGGGAGGUUCAGAUCACGGCCGCCAACGCAACAAGGGAUUCUGACGGUGAUUUGCAUAAGUACGUGUACCUGUGGCCCGAGGAAGGCUUCAGGGGCGUGAGUCUGCAGGCUUUCACGGACACUGGAACAGGACCCGUGAGGCUGGCCGCGUGGUUCUCCAAGGACAGCCUGUUCCCCGCCGUCAACACAGCCGCCUGGUGGGAGUUGUCCGUGUAUGUGUAUCGCUACAGUGACGAUGUGGAGUUCAUUGUACAUCUUGGUGAUAGUAGGAAGCGGUGUGUCUCUCGAGUCACCGUUGACAACCUACAGAGUCUGGAAUUGGUGGGUUACGGCCCCUCAAGAUGGAGAGACACGGAACCACCACCUGGCUGCCCCUAUCAAAGACCUUUAGGCUCAUGGACCUGGCCACAAAACACACCCAAUUGCACGGCGCCGCCACCCAUCCCCAGAUCAACUACACUCCCACCCAUUAACGAAGCUACACCUACGACUACGACAACAACGGCGGGUGUAGUGGCGGAUGUAGCCGUGGCAGUGAUGGCUGCAGUGGUGGUGAUGGUGGUGGUGUUGCUGCAUUGCAGAAAAGAGCGUCGACCAGCGGAUGAGAAAACCUCACCAAGACCAAACCCCACCGCCGGGGCACCUACAGAGGGGAUCCAUGUGAUUGAAAACAGCCUGUACGAGUCCUUUGAAGCCUGCAGGGACGGGGGCACCGCCGGGGCACCUACAGAGGGGAUCCACGUGAUUGAAAACAGCCUGUACGAGUCCUUUGAAGCCUGCAGGGACGGGGGCACCGCCGGGGCACCUACAGAGGGGAUCCACGUGAUUGAAAACAGCCUGUACGAGUCCUUUGAAGCCUGCAGGGACGGGGGCACCGCCGGGGCACCUACAGAGGGGAUCCACGUGAUUGAAAACAGCCUGUACGAGUCCUUUGAAGCCUGCAGGGACGGGGGCACCGCCGGGGCACCUACAGAGGGGAUCCAUGUGAUUGAAAACAGCCUGUACGAGUCCUUUGAAGCCUGCAGGGACGGGGGCACCGCCGGGGCACCUACAGAGGGGAUCCACGUGAUUGAAAACAGCCUGUACGAGUCAUUUGAAGCCUGCAUGGACGGGGGCACCGCCGGGGAACCGUGGUGA